AUGGAAGAAGUGUUUGUUAUACCUGAAUGUUCUCCACAAUUGAAGCCUGUGAUUGGUCAGAAGUUCCAAUCCCUAGAUUUUGCGUUUGCGUUUUAUGAUGUGUAUGCCCGCGCUGUUGGGUUUGAUACGCGCAAACAAGGUAUGAGGAAGGCGGCGGAUGGUGUUACUACUUGGUAUUAUGUGGCAUGCAAUAGGGAGGGCUGCAAGAGGUCAAACGAGGAAGACGAUGUGAAUGCACGCUCUGGUUUUACUCUUAAACGCAGGCGGCUUUCCAAGCGAUGUGGUUGUAAAGCUUGUAUAUCCUUCAAGUACUUUUCCGAAGCAGGAAUACCGGGAUAUAUUAUUCACGAGUUCAACGAGGUUCACAACCAUUGUAUGGUGGAGUCGGAGCAUCAGCAGUUUAUGACACUUAACCGGAAGUUGGAUGACGUACAUCAAAAAUUCAUUCUUGACUGUUCCAAGGCUAAUAUAGGCCCCACCCUUACCUUUAAGGUGUUGAAUGAAAUCCUCGGUGGGCUUGAACUUGUCGGUUGCAAUCUUGGGGAUAUCAGGAACACAUCUCGCGACAUCAAAGCAUUCGCAUACGGUUGUGACGUGCAAAUGGUGUUGGACGACAUUGCGAAGAAGAAGGAGUUGUCGGAUGCCUUCACAUAUCACUACGAAGUUAAUGCUGCUAACCAGUUGGUUGCCCUUUUUUGGUGUGAUGGUUUGAUGAAGAGGAACUACCAUAUGUUUGGUGACAUAGUGACGUUUGACUCCACUUACAACACAAUCAGGUAUUGCAUGAUCUUCACACCUUUCACGGGGAAGGACAAUCAUGGUAAACCCGUAACAUUUGCUGCUGGAUUGGUCUGCAACGAGAAAACAGGGGCCUUUGCCUGGUUGUUCAAACAUUUCGUCGAAUGCAUGGGUGUAGCCCCCAAAAUGAUUGUGACCGAUCAAGACUUGGGCAUGAGAUCAGCUAUUCAAGAGGUUCUUGUAGGAACUCGACACCGAUGGUGCAUGUGA